AUGAAAAAAAACAAGGAAAAAUCUUUGACAGACGGAGAAGAAACGGGUAAAGAAAUUGCAUUAUUAAAAUUAAAAUUAAAAGAACUAAGAAGAGAAUUAGAAACAGAAUCGAACAACAUAAAAAUAAAAUAUCAAGAAAUAGAAGAGAUAGUCGACAAAAAAAUAGAAGAAGCUAAAAAGGAGUAUAUUUUUGAUUUAAAAAAUAUGGAAAUUUCUUUUGAAAAACAACUCAGGGAAAUGAAAGGAUCAAUAACACAGAAAAUAGCUGAUCCCACUAAAGGUUUUAAAUUCCAGAAACUUUGUACUCAGGAUGGUGCAGCAGAUCUAAUUGAUUACUAUGUUAAAUUUUUAUUAUUUUCACAUAUUAGAAGCGAUAGUAAUGAAAACAAUCAAUUUUAUGAUUCUUCAUGGAGUGACUUUAAUUUCUUUUAUCGUUCAGACCCAUACACAGAACAAGUAUCCAAAAAUCAAUUUAAACUUGAUUUAGAAAGCCUUGUCAAUCUUAAAAGGGAGAGAAAUUCAAACAACCAUACCAUUUCAGUAUUUGAUGAUAUUAAUGCAGAAAACCUCAAAGAAAGAAUUAAAUUUGUUAGAGAAAACAAAACCAACCUCGACCCUAAAUAUAUCGAACCUGUAACUACUCUCUGUGACGUAUGUGAUAAAACACCAUUCCCAAGAAAAAAUAAAAAAUAA